AUGAGGGUGCUCUGCGUGGUCUUUGCUGUGCUCCUGCUUUUCUCCUUGGCCAUCCCAGGGUAUGGGCAGUUUAAGGGCGCUUGUGGUGGGUACUGUUCCUACCUGUGUGCCAAAAGGGAUGAGUGGACUUUCAGCCAGGCCUGCGGGAAGAUGUACUGCUGCAUCCCUCCACCCAAAAAGGGAAAAUGA